UUCAUAUUUAAAAGUAAUUCCAGCUGGUGUCAUAGAAAGCUUGACCAGAUUGGAAUGCUUGUAACUGAGAAACAGUUUCAAGGACUGGGGUGUUGACGGUCAAGACAUGGGAAGAAAUAAUGCAAGCCUUAUCGAGUUGAAACAUCUUUCUUACUUAAGAAUCUUAGAAAUUGAAGUACCAGAUGUCGAGAUGUAUCCAAAAGAUUUACUGUCAGGGAAUCAGUUGAUCGAAUAUAAAAUUGCUAUAGGUAGCAGUUUUCUUUUGUCAGCUGUAAAGAAUAAUUCAGGGGUCUUGCAACUUGCGAGAUGUCAAAGUAUUAUUCAAGAAUGCGAUGGGGUCAAUAUGUUGUUGAAAAGAGCAGAAGCAUUGGUCCUAGAGGAAUUUGAGGAUGUGGAGACUAUUCUCAAUGAUUUUAGAAUCAAUGGAUUUUCAAAUCUGAAGUUUCUGAGGGUCAAUGAAUGUGGUAAGAUUGAAUAUCUAGUUGACACUAGGGAGAGGAUGCUACGUGUUCUUCCUGUGGUGGAGAUAUUAGUUCUCCAAAACAUGGAAGACUUGAGGCAGCUAUGUCAUGGCCGUCUCCCAUCUACAUCCUUUUCUGAACUACGUGAGUUGUGGCUUGACAACUUACCUGAGUUAAUAAAUUGUUGGGAGGAUCCCAUAGGUCAUGUAGAAGGAGCAGCGACACAAGAGGAUGAAAUUGUCUUACUCAAGUUGGAAGAAUUGAGGCUUACUAAUCUACCGAACCUCGUGAGUUUUUGCUGCAAAACAAAUAGUUCGGCUUCAGAUAGCAAUCCUCAUGUUCAAGCAUAUGAAUCUUUGUUCAACAGAAAGGUUGUAUUUCCAGCGUUGGAAAGGUUGUAUCUUAAUGGACUCAAGAACAUGAAAAAGCUGUGGCAUGGACAAUUACUUCCCGCCGAGAACUUCAAGAGAUUGAGAAAACUUUCAAUAAGCAACUGUGAAAACCUAAUCAUAGUUUUUCCAUCCAAUUUGAUACAAAAUUUAGAAGGCCUAUCUAUUUCAAAUUGUGAUUUGUUGGAGGAACUAUGUGAAGGACAUAAUGCAACUUCAAUAACACUACCAAGGAUAACGAAUUUGGAGCUCAAGAGUUUACCAAGAUUGAAGGAUAUAUGGUGGAACAAGAUCUCCCUUGAAUCUUUUAGCUUCCAAAAUCUCAAAGAACUAACUAUCGGAGGAUGUAAUUGUUUUACUUCUCGCCUUGAAGCAUUUGGAUCUUCAAAGACUAGCAACUUGAAAAAGAUAUGGCAAAAUGAACUUCCAAUAGUGUCCUUUGGUCAACUAAGAUUUCUAUCUUUGCGUGAAUGUAACAAUACGUUACAAGUUGUACCAUCCCAAUUACUCUCAAUGCUACACAAUUUGGAAAAUCUCGUUGUAGGAGAAUGCAUUUAG